AUGAGGAGGCGAAGACAAACUUUUCGGCGUACACCAAAAACGUCACUCUGCGCCCAAAAACCAGUCUCAGACGACAGCAUUUCAGAUGAAGACGACACCGUUUUCCCCAACAGUGCGGUGUCCUCAGACCCCAUCCACAAGCAAGAAUUGCCACUGGUGGUGCGGCUGGACAUUCUAAAAGGAAUCAGUAAUCAGAAUUUGUUUGCGAAAGGCACCAGUUCUUCAUUUGAGAAACCACUUGAGGAUGAUGUUGAAAUGCCUGACUUCAACGACGGAGAGGUGGUUGCCAAUUCAACUGAUGAAGAAAACAAUUCAGCAGAUGGGGGUAACACUGUCAUAUCAACCAGAAAGCUCCACAGGUAUGGUCCACAGUCUAUCAGAAAUAGAGAUAUAACCAGAGUUUCUGAACCAUUCUUACAUUCCAGAGAAAGCGUCUCAGCAUCCCAUACUACCUGCUCCAAAGCAAAUACAUCUGGGAUUUGGAAAGCUAAGCCAAUAUUUUCAUUGGCAACAAGGUCUCAUAAAUGUGGGGGCAUUGGUCCUUCAAUCCCCAAUAUUGACAGCUUGCCUGAGCUUAUCAAAGCUGUUGGUCCUAGGACUUCAGCAAAUUUAGAUGGAAAUCAUCUUGAAGACGAUGACAAAAUUGAAAUAAAUUCAGACAUUGAACCUGCUGAAACAGAAGCUCUUCCACAUGGAUUUAAUCUUGCCACAAUGAAUGCUCAUUGUAACAACCUUCAAGAUAAGGCCAAUCAGCUUUUGCAGAAGAGUAGUAGAUCCCACUUACAAGAGACAGUUGUUGACAGUGAAGAUUCCUCAGAACCUGUGGAAAGUGGAUCUUCAAGUGACAAUGAGACCAUGGCAGAGCGAUUUGUAGAAGCUUUAGGGACAUCCUCUGUUACCACUGAAGGGACUCAUAUUGGAGCAAUUAAUUCUUUGAGUGCUGGAUUAUUUGGAAAACUACAGCAGAUGAUGCUGAAAGAAAAAGAAACAGAUAUGAACUUCUGGCAAAAGUUACAAGCUGGAGCUAGGCCUGAUAGUCAACCUGGCUGCAUUGAUGUAAAAAUCAUUUCAAGAUACCAUGAUGGAAAGCUGACUGUUUGUCACUGCUCAUUUGGCAAGUACACGGAGAUCUUUGAAGGUUUGUCAGAAAAAAGUGAUGGGGAGAAGUUAUGUACGAAUUUGCAUGUAUGUUCAAGAAAGGACUCUCUUGGGGCUAAGGCCUGUGUUUAUGGAAUUGUCCUCUUUGUUCCAUUCAGGAAUGUUAAUUAUCCUAUUUGUAAUUUUCUGUUACAAGAUAGUUCCAAAGGUAUGGGGUUUGGUGGCAGCAAAAGAAGUCAUAGCACCAUUAUCUUUAGCCCAAGGGUUUGCAACAAUGUUAACCUUCAUGUUGGGAAUGUGAUCCGAAUUCACCCUCCAUGGAAGGAUGUUCAAGUUUUCACUUGUUGGUUUCUGAGAUAUGGCACCUGCAGGUAUAUUGAGCAAGUUGUGGAGCUUUAUUACUUUCCUUCCAUUCUUCUUCUUGCUCUUUAUCCUCGGCAUCAUAAAAGGUUCAUUUUCCCGUCUCUUUCUUUCAGCAUUUGUGGUGGUUCCUAUCUGGCAGGUGCACUGAUAGCUCCAAUUGCAUUUGUCACUAUUGGCACUGGAAAUUCAGCUGUUAUCAUUGGACUUUGGAGUGCACAUGUAUUUUGGACAUACUACUGUGUGGCAGGGUUGUAUUUUUCUUUCCAAAUUGCAGCAUGUUAUUCUAUUGAUCUUUGUCUACAAUUUCUGUUCACCCUUUUGAAUUCCUGGACCUUUGACAAUAGGACAAAUAGGUUUGGACCGGUCUUCAAGGUCGUGGUGCUCAUGUGUUUGCCAGUUCCUCUGUUACUUUCGCCAAUAGUGGGUAUUGUUGGAAGCCUUUUAGGUGGAAUUGGAUAUGGUUUUUUUGCUCCACUUCUUGCAACUUUUCAGGCUGUGGGGAAGGGAGAGGCUGUUAACAAAAAAGUUUAUCAUUGUUUCAAUGAUGGUUGUUGGUCAACAAUUGAAAGAAGCUGCACAGUGGUUCAAGAUGUCACAGACUUCUGUUUCCACUCCUAUUUUUCGUACAUGGAUGAACUGAGAGAAAACUUACCCCCUCACGAAAAGCCGUUAGAUAUCCGAUUGUCAAUAUUACCGUGUUGCUUGUUGGUGAUCAUAGUUGGCGUGCCAUUCGACAUGGCUUUAAUAACCUUAAUUGCUAUAUGGAAGAGUCCAUAUAUGCUGUUCAGAGGGUGGAAGAGACUAUUAGAAGAUUUGAUUGGAAGAAAGGGACCUUUCCUAGAAACUGAAUGUGUCCCAUUUGCUGCCCUUGCAAUCAUCCUCUGGCCUUUGGCUGUUGUAGUGGCUGUAUUAGCAGCUACCUUUUGCAGCCCUUUUCUAGCCCUAUACAGUGGAGUUGUUGUGCAUCAGGAAGACUCAGUGAAGAUGGGGUUUGCCUACAUUGUGUCUGUGGUUUCACAUUUCGAUGAAUAUGUAAAUGAUUUACUCUACUUGAGAGAGGGAUCCUGCUUUCCCAGGCCAGUAUACCAAAGAAACUCUAGUCAUGCUGUUGAGAGGGAAAACCCUGUAAGAGGUGAUGAUGAUUUGAAACACAGAAGGGAUGGUUCACAAAAUUCAAAACACGCCUUGCAACAAUCCAGAAGUCUGAAAUGGCGAAUUCAGCAAUACAGACCUGUGCAGGUAUGGGACUGGCUGUUCAAGUCAUGUGCAGUGAAUGGCAGGAUACUCCUCCGUGAUCGCCUCAUAAGCGUUGGGGAAAUUGAGGAAUGCAUUUUGAAAGGCAAUUGCAAAAAAUUAAGCAUCAAGUUACCUGCUUGGUCUUUGCUGCAAUGUCUUCUAACUACUGCAAAAUCCAAGUCAGAUGGAUUGGUGAUCUCCGAGGAUGUAGUGUUGACGAGGAUGAAUGGACCAAAGGAUAAAGUGUUUGAGUGGUUUAUUGAGCCUUUAUUGGUGAUGAAAGAGCAGCUUAAAAAACUAGAGUUGGAAGAAACUGAAGAAACUUGCCUGAUGGAAUUAGUCAUGAAAUGUAAAAAUGAAUUGCCGGAAGAGUGGGAUAGCACUGGAUUCCCAUCUGAUGACACUGUUAGGAGAGCACAAUUGCAAGCCAUAAUUAGAAGGAAGAAUGAGCCAAAUAAGAGACAUAACAAACGAGCAAGACGUCUAGGUUUGGAGCCCUUCAAGUCAAUUGGAUUGUUAUUGUUUGUGUUUGUGUUUGGUACCAUCGAAUCGGGGAUUGUAGCUUCCAUGUCCCGGAUACCAACUUUUAGAAGAAGAUUCAGGAAUUUAAUCAAGGUUUUGUACAUAGAAGCAUUGCAGGCUGGUGCCUCGGCUGGUCACAUUGGAGGCACUGUAAUUCACAAUCUUGGGGAAAACAUCAAAGAAGCCAAUGUUGAUGAAGCUACCAAUAAAUGUUGA